CCCCUUUCUCAGUAGCGGGGAGAUUGCUGCACACGCCGCCCUCAGCUCGGCUGUUCUGCGCACGCUGAGUGGAGGGGAUGAGCUUGAGAUCAUCUUAGGGGGGAAGCCGGGGACUGGAGAGGCCGGCUCUGCCCCGCUGAUCCCUGUGGCCCAACUUUUCGGGGGGCUAGCUAGACCGAGUCUCACUGCUCGCUGCGCAGUCAACAGGGGGCCGGAGCCCUCCCGCUCUUUCCUCUCCCAUGGAUUUAUCUUUCCCCUCGGACACAAAGCCGGCUAGUUACCCCAAGGCGGCAGCGUGAGCGGCAUGCCAAGGAGGGAGCCCAGGCUGCAGCGACUUAGGGAAGAAAACCCAGGGCAGGCCCAUGAGUGUGAAGGCUGGCCGGUGACCGGAGCCUAACCAGCAUUAGGACCUCUCCAGGGAAGCGACGGGUCCGCCUGGAGGGCUCUUUCACCUGUGCUCGAAUUUACAGCUGCUCUCAUUUCCCUUCAGAGCAGUUACUGUGUGGAAGGGAAAUUUAGGAGAGGAUGGCAAGCUCCUGUGCUGAUUUAUACCUAAUCUUGACACUGCCUUAGCUGGACUGUAACAUUGAGUAGCCAGGCAGAUAGGUUCUCCAGGACUUUACUUUUCAAUAAGAAAUUGAUGCAGACCAGUGAAAAGGCCACUCCUCCUUUCCACCUUCUUCUCCAUUCCCUACAUGGUAUUUUAUUGUUCUGAGUUUCUCAAGACAAAGGUAGAGCUAGUUUGUGUCUCUAAUGCUGGCCACUGGCCGUUUGAAGCAGCCAAAGGUGCAUUGACCGGGACUACGUGCAGCCCUUCCUCCAGUGGGGCUUAAGCCGGGGUUUUCUGUGGAAGCCCUAGUUGCAUGACAUUCUACUGUCAGCUAUGGAGUGUUCAGGUUUUGAAGAGUAUGAUCAUAUGGAUCAUCUAACUAAAUGGUACAUGGUGACACAAUGGUCCUUUAGAGAAUACAUCUGAAUUGGUGGCUAAUUUCUUGAUUUGUGACUCAACAUAGGACAUUGCUUGUUCACAUCUAUCAGAACACUCCUGAAUUUUCCCCACCAUGCUGUCUUUAUUAGCUUGAACUCCUUUCCUAAAAUGGUCCUUCUGUUGAUCCUGUCAGUCUUACUUUUGAAAGAAGAUGUCCGUGGGAGUGCACAGUCCAGUGAGAGGAGGGUGGUCGCUCACAUGCCAGGUGACAUCAUUAUUGGAGCUCUCUUUUCCGUUCAUCACCAGCCUACUGUGGACAAAGUUCAUGAGAGGAAGUGUGGGGCAGUCCGUGAACAGUAUGGCAUUCAGAGAGUGGAGGCCAUGCUGCAUACCCUGGAAAGAAUCAACUCAGACCCCACACUCUUGCCCAACAUCACACUUGGCUGUGAGAUAAGGGAUUCCUGCUGGCAUUCAGCUGUGGCUCUAGAGCAGAGCAUUGAGUUCAUAAGAGAUUCCCUCAUUUCUUCAGAAGAGGAAGAGGGCUUGGUACGCUGUGUGGAUGGCUCUUCCUCUUCCUUCCGCUCCAAGAAGCCCAUAGUAGGGGUCAUUGGGCCUGGCUCCAGUUCUGUAGCCAUUCAGGUCCAGAAUUUGCUCCAGCUUUUCAACAUACCUCAGAUUGCUUACUCGGCAACCAGCAUGGAUCUGAGUGACAAGACUCUGUUCAAGUAUUUCAUGAGGGUUGUACCUUCGGAUGCUCAGCAGGCAAGGGCCAUGGUGGACAUAGUGAAGAGGUACAACUGGACCUAUGUAUCAGCUGUGCACACAGAAGGAAAUUAUGGAGAAAGUGGGAUGGAAGCCUUCAAAGAUAUGUCAGCAAAGGAAGGGAUUUGCAUCGCCCAUUCUUACAAAAUCUACAGCAAUGCAGGGGAGCAGAGUUUUGAUAAGCUGCUGAAGAAGCUCACAAGUCACUUGCCCAAGGCCCGGGUGGUGGCCUGCUUCUGCGAAGGCAUGACAGUGAGAGGUCUCCUGAUGGCCAUGAGGCGCCUGGGUCUAGCCGGAGAAUUUCUGCUUCUGGGCAGUGAUGGCUGGGCUGACAGGUAUGAUGUGACAGAUGGAUAUCAGCGAGAAGCUGUUGGUGGAAUCACAAUCAAGCUCCAAUCUCCCGAUGUCAAGUGGUUUGAUGAUUAUUAUCUGAAGCUCCGGCCAGAAACAAACCACCGAAACCCAUGGUUUCAAGAAUUUUGGCAGCAUCGUUUUCAGUGCCGACUGGAAGGGUUUCCACAGGAGAACAGCAAAUACAACAAGACUUGCAAUAGUUCUCUGACUCUGAAAACACAUCAUGUUCAAGAUUCCAAAAUGGGAUUUGUGAUCAACGCCAUCUAUUCGAUGGCCUAUGGGCUCCACAACAUGCAGAUGUCCCUCUGCCCAGGGGUUGCAGGACUCUGUGAUGCAAUGAAGCCAAUUGACGGACGGAAACUUUUGGAAUCCCUGAUGAAAACCAAUUUUACUGGGGUUUCUGGAGAUACGAUCCUAUUUGACGAGAAUGGAGACUCUCCAGGAAGGUAUGAAAUAAUGAAUUUCAAGGAAAUGGGAAAAGAUUAUUUUGAUUACAUCAAUGUUGGAAGUUGGGACAAUGGAGAAUUAAAAAUGGACGAUGAUGAAGUAUGGUCCAAGAAAAGCAACAUCAUCAGAUCUGUGUGCAGUGAACCAUGUGAGAAAGGCCAGAUCAAGGUGAUCCGAAAGGGAGAAGUCAGCUGUUGUUGGACCUGUACACCUUGUAAGGAGAAUGAGUAUGUCUUUGAUGAGUACACCUGCAAGGCAUGCCAGCUGGGGUCUUGGCCCACUGAUGAUCUCACAGGUUGUGAUUUGAUCCCAGUACAGUAUCUUCGAUGGGGUGACCCUGAACCCAUUGCAGCUGUGGUGUUUGCCUGCCUUGGCCUCCUGGCCACUCUGUUUGUUACUGCAGUCUUCAUCAUUUACCGGGAUACACCAGUAGUCAAGUCCUCAAGCAGGGAACUCUGCUACAUUAUCCUCGCUGGCAUCUGCCUAGGCUACUUAUGUACCUUCUGCCUCAUUGCAAAGCCCAAACAGAUUUACUGCUACCUACAGAGAAUUGGUAUUGGUCUCUCCCCAGCCAUGAGCUACUCAGCCCUUGUAACAAAGACCAACCGCAUUGCAAGGAUCCUGGCUGGCAGCAAGAAGAAGAUCUGUACCAAAAAGCCUCGAUUCAUGAGUGCCUGUGCCCAGCUAGUGAUUGCUUUCAUUCUCAUAUGCAUCCAGUUGGGCAUCAUCGUUGCCCUCUUUAUAAUGGAGCCUCCUGAUAUAAUGCAUGACUAUCCAAGCAUUCGGGAAGUCUACCUGAUCUGUAACACCACCAACCUCGGAGUUGUCACUCCACUUGGAUACAAUGGAUUGUUGAUUUUGAGCUGCACCUUCUAUGCGUUCAAGACCAGAAAUGUUCCAGCUAACUUCAACGAGGCCAAGUAUAUCGCCUUCACAAUGUACACAACCUGCAUUAUAUGGCUGGCUUUUGUGCCAAUCUACUUUGGCAGCAACUACAAAAUCAUCACCAUGUGUUUCUCGGUUAGCCUCAGUGCCACAGUGGCUUUAGGCUGCAUGUUUGUGCCGAAGGUAUACAUCAUCCUGGCCAAACCAGAGAGAAAUGUGCGCAGCGCCUUCACCACAUCUACCGUGGUGCGCAUGCAUGUAGGGGAUGGCAAGUCAUCCUCCGCAGCCAGCAGAUCCAGCAGCCUAGUCAACCUGUGGAAGAGAAGGGGAUCCUCUGGGGAAACAUUAAGGUACAAAGACAGGAGACUGGCCCAGCACAAGUCGGAAAUAGAGUGUUUCACCCCCAAAGGGAGUAUGGGGAAUGGUGGGAGAGCAACAAUGAGCAGCUCCAAUGGAAAAUCCGUCACGUGGGCCCAGAACGAGAAGAGUACCCGGGGGCAGCACCUGUGGCAGCGCCUGUCCAUCCACAUCAACAAGAAAGAGAACCCCAACCAAACAGCGGUCAUCAAGCCCUUCCCCAAGAGCACGGAGAGCCGCGGCCUGAGCGCAGGCGCGGGCGGGAGCGCAGGGGGCGUGGGGGCCGCGGGUGGUGCGGGCUGCGCAAGCGCCAGCCCCUGCGGGCCUGAGCCUCCCGACUCCGGUCCCAAAGCGCUAUACGACGUGGCCGAGGCGGAAGAGCAGUUCCCGGCGCCCGCGCGGCCACGUUCGCCGUCGCCCAUCAGCACGCUGAGCCACCGCGCGGGCUCGGCCAGCCGUACUGAGGACGAUGUGCCGUCGCUGCACUCGGAGCCCGCGGCGCGCAGCAGCUCCUCGCAGGGCUCGCUCAUGGAGCAGAUCAGCAGCGUGGUCACCCGCUUCACCGCCAACAUCAGCGAGCUCAAUUCCAUGAUGCUGUCCACCGCGGCCCCCAGCCCUGGCGUGGGCGCCCCGCUCUGCUCGUCCUACCUGAUCCCCAAAGAGAUCCAGCUGCCCACUACCAUGACGACCUUCGCCGAAAUCCAGCCUCUGCCGGCCAUCGAGGUCACGGGGGGUGCGCAGCCCGUGGUGGGGGCGCAGGCGGCUGGGGACGCGGCCCGGGAGAGCCCCACGGCCGGGCCCGAGGCUGUGGCUGGCAAGCCAGACCUGGAAGAGUUGGUGGCCCUCACCCCACCGUCCCCCUUCAGAGACUCGGUGGACUCGGGGAGCACAACCCCUAACUCGCCAGUAUCCGAGUCGGCCCUCUGUAUCCCGUCGUCUCCCAAAUAUGACACUCUUAUCAUAAGAGAUUACACUCAGAGCUCCUCGUCGUUGUGAACGUCCCUGGAAAGCGCGCCGGGUUGCGCGCGCUGAGCUUAGCGGAGUGGAGCGGAGCCCCCAGUGUUCACACACACAGUGGCAAGCAUAGUCGCCUGGUUACGGCCCAGGGGGAAGAUGCCAAGUGCACCCCUUGAUGGAAACACGAGAUCAAUAGUGCUAUCUCACGACAACCGACGACAAAUCUUUUGGCAGAUUUUCUUCUAGUGGCCUUAGAAAACGUGGGCUUUUAAGAAACACUGCUGGUAUCUUUGAGGGCUGACAAGGCGUCUGUUCCAACAGUUCCAAGUGCUUUGCUCUAGGGAAGCAGUGCGUGUGAAACAGCGUAACGGAGGGCGAAGAGCAUAGUUAAUAAGCAACUGUAAAAAGUUUUAUUUGUUUACUUUAAUUCUGUUCCCAGAAGAGUCUUUGAUUCACCAAACAUGAAUGUACAUUUUCUAACAAACUCAAAAUCUGGGACCAAAACAUCAACUUUUCUCUUUCUUUUUUCUUUUUGCUUUUUUCUUUCCUAUAAAGACCUUGAAAAGCGGUAACUUGGGUCCAGUAUUUACUGAGGCGUUGUGAAUGUGUCCCGUGCAUAACACAGUACUGGAUAGUGAGUGCUGCGUUAAUGUACUACGUAGGGCUUCUACCAGAGACUCUCCUCUCCAAUUUGGUUGUGAAAUACUCUUCCAAAAGCCUGCAUUGGGAAUUCCACCUACUUAUUUCAGAUUCACCUCCAUUAACCAAGAAAACCAGUGGAAGAUUUCUUGACUAUUUCACCAUGUUGCCAAUCAAUACUGGAGUAGCAAAAAAAUAUUUUCUGGAAUACUGUUUUGUAAUUCCCUCACUGGGGUGCAUUGUAGCUGGAAAUUCUCUUUAUAUUGAUCAUUCUUGAGCUCCAGCCCGGCUAUCUCUUUCAAGAAAAAUGGCCACUCCUUAGGAAUGCUGUUCCAAUUGCAUUGCCAACUAAAAUAUAAAAACACGCAUUGGGGCUUCUUCAUUUCUUUAUUUUGAGAACCUGAUGCACGAAGAGCUCCUUUGUUCUUUUUGAGUCCCACCACUGGAAGAGUGGUCCAUUGACCCCAUGAAGACAUUGUCACAAUUUGAGAGACGGUUGUUGAAAGGAUUAACACAAUCUUAAUACACUGAAAAUUUUAAACUGUGUCAAGUCAGCUUAGUGGAGAUUUAGCUACACCAGUGAGCAGUGAUUUUAACUAUUCUUGGCUGCUUAAACAAGGCAGCUAUGAACUAUGACAAAUGUAGAUUUUUCAAAGCAAUACAAAAUACUAAAAAAGAGGAACCUUAAUGAAUAUUAACCACACAUUCUUAGCCAUUCCAAAAAGAGGCAAAGCAAUUCUUAUUUUCUUUUUUAAAAUAAUGAUUAAUAUUAUUUUGUGCACUUCAUACUGUCACUUUUUAAAACUGCAGAAAAGAGAUUUAGUGUUAUAAUAGAAACAUGUGUGCUUUGAUAGUCUCAAAUAGGUAGAAUUCAUAGUUCAAGACCUGAAUCCACUGUCAUCUCUUUCUUCCUCCCAUCGCAGCUAUCCUCAGGUACCAAAUGUUUUGAUUUUUAAUACGGAUAGUAAUAAAUGGAGAUGUCCUAUAAAUUUAAAGUUCAUUUGACCCAGCCUUAUACUUAAGAUAGCCUUAUGAAAAAGAUUUGCUUUGAGGCAGAAGUAUAUUUUUGGCAGAGAGAAAAAUAAAUAAAACUUUUUCUUUUAGCUCAAUAUCCUUAUUUUGGUAAGUAUUUUUUUUUAUUUAUUUCACAUUUACUUAAAAGAAAAUAGACUGAGAAGGCCAGGCGCCGUGGCUCACGCCUGUAAUCCCAGCACUUUGGGAGGCUGAGGCAGGCGGAUCAAGAGAUCAAGAGAUUGAGACCAUCCUGGCCAACACGGUGAAAUCCCGUCUCUAUUAAAAAUACAAACAAAUUAGCUGGACAUGGUGGCACAUGCCUGUGGUCCCAGCUACUUGGGAGGCUGAGGCAGAAGCAUUGCUUGAACCCAGAAGGCAGAGGUUGCAGUGAGCCAAGAUUGCACCACUGCACUCCAGCCUGGUGACAGAGCAAGACUCCGUCUCAAAAAAAAAGAAAAUAGCCUGAGAAAUAGAAGUCAAUCCAUUGGUAUAAUUUAUCAUUCUUCACUUUAAAAAAUUCUAAUAAAUAUUCUGCUUGUUGAGUUUUCUUUUCUGCUAUUUGUUCUUACUUGAAACCUUAAGUCAAAGCUACCAAUACAAAAUAUUAAAGCUAACAUUAAUGUGCUAAAAUAUUAAUUUAAAAAAUCAAACUUCCCAUGCUAGAUUUGAAAAUAACAUCAUCAAGAGGACCCGACCCCAAUUUUAUAAUGAGGCUUUUAAAAUAUAAGUGAAAUCUAACUAAGUUUCAUGGUUUCAUUAAGAGCAAACGUCUGCCUUUACCUGAAAAAUGUAAAUCUUUUGAAUAAUUAAUACCCUCUGGAUCCUCAUCAAAAGGAUGGCAUUCACCUGGGGAUUCCUAUCUUGACAGCUUAGGUAUUACAGACCUUUCUCAAUAUGCUCUCUCUGCAUUUUAAAAUUUGUUUCAUAAAAUCCUUAUGUUGAUUUUCAUUCUAUUCUCAAGUACAAUAUGUUUCACUCUAGACCAAUAGAACAACAUGUUUAAACUUUAUCCAUGGUCAAAUUCAUUUUCUAUUUUUUUAGUAACAUAUCUCUUAAAAAAUACACUACCUUUUAAGAAACUUCAUUAGAAAUUAAAUUUAAUGCAAGUAAAUUGCCAUCUGAUAAUUCCACAUACUAUUAUAAUCAACUGUAGUAAUAAAAAUGAUUUAUCCAAUUAGAAGAGAACAAGAUAUAUUUUUCUCUGUAUUUCUAUAACUUUUACCACUUCAUUGAAUACACUGUAUAUUGGCCAUAAGAUUAUUAGUAAUGCAUUCUUGAGAUCUUUUAUUUUGGAAUGAUGCUAACUCUGUCUCUUUGCCAAUUCUAAUACCAGGUUCCAAGUACAGUAAUAACUCUACAGUACAAAGAGAACUGAAUAUUCAUUCUAGGGCUAUAGGAUAUGAACUUCACAAUUCAUUUGGGUACAUUCUCAUUGAAUUUCCUUCAAAACAAUCUGUUCCUGGUGCCCAGUGAUAAUUCAGUCGGGACCAGCAUGACUAAAAGAAGGGGAUAUGCUAAGGCUCAGCAAAGUGACCCUAAAGGAGAGAUAUGUCCCAGGAUGGAAGGAAGACGACGUGGUUUAACCAAGCUAAGCAGUCCACUCAUCCUUAUAUUUUGGGAAAGGAGUGGAGUGGGGGCAGCCUAAGAAGAACAUAUCUGGAUUGGGAAGAACUGUUUUUCUGGGCUAGGGAUGGGGAAAAGAAAGGGAGUAUGAAAAGACAAAUUGUAAGAGAUUUGACUGAAGCAAAGAAAAAAAAGCAAGUCCCCAAAUGUGCUAAUCCUUGAAAGUAACUGUCAUUCCCAAACUACUGCUGUUACCAGCAAGUGAUCAGGAAGACUAGGAGCUAUGUCUGACUGUAAAUGAAUUGUAUAAUCGCUCUGCUGCAGUUCUGUGACUUCCAAGCCAGGAAUUAAACACUCUUUUUAAGAAUAACAAAAAAACAAAAGCAUUUCCUAUGCUAGUCUCCUAGUAAAAUGUACAUGUUUUGGAGACUUCAAAGAUAUUAUCUGAGUUCACAUUUAGCAACAGCUUAUUAAUAACCCUCAAGCUGUCAGAAUCUCUAUAGUUACCAUUACAAUUUUAUACUGUGAAAAAAAUACAGAUCAGUGAAAGCAUAGAGAUAAACCAGAAUUCACUUUGAAGAGGGUCUGAGGCCUGGGAGAUUCUCUACUGUCUAUUGAAGAAUGAGGCAUGUAUAAAAUAGUUGGUUGAAUUUCACUGAUCUUCCCAAUGUGAACAAAUAUACUAUGUAUAUUGUGUGUAUUUCUAGAAAUCAAUGGCAGCUGCUGAUGGUGUUGUAAUUAGAAAUCUAUAUAGAUUAUAGAUGUUUUAGAAAGAUGGUGCCAAUCCUAAAAGAUUUGUGUGGGCUAAAAGUGCUUGUACUUACUUUUUUCUGCACUUAUAACUGAUUUGGUUUUAAAAUUGUGUGCGUGUAUCUGUUCUUUCUCUGUUGUGGCAGCUUGUACUAUUAAAAUAAUAGCGAAUGUUAAAUUAUUUUGAUGUGAAUUGCAAAUGUUUUUUUCAUAAAGUUUAACAUUUUUAUCAGCAUUAUUUUGCUUUGUACUUGUAUAAAUAUGUUUUAUUUUAGCACUGCAAAAUAUACUUGCCUGUUUCUCAGUUGUCUAAAUCAUGUUGCAGUUGGUGUUUGUGAAGCCAGUUACUUUUCAAAAAAAACAUUAAAAAAACUAUAAUAUGA